AUGGUUGAUAAACAUGUCUUACAUGAAGACUAAUUGAUUUAUACAAUAUUAGUUUUUGGUAGCUUAUCAUUUUAUCUAAGUUAAAUGUAUUUUUAAACUAAAUUAUUAUCUGCUUUUAAUUUUGAUUUUAAUUCGUUUUCUUGUAUCUAUUACACUUAAUAAAUGCAUUUUAAAUAUCUUUAAACAAUCGAAAAUUAAAAAUAAGCAGAGUUUUUUCAAUUGUAUUUAUUUUGGAAAGCACAUAAAAUUAUAUGCACUAAACAUUCGUUAAAUGAUAUGUAAAAAACAGAAUAAAAUAAUUAAAUUUAAAAAACUCAUUAAACAAUUUUUUGUAUUUUAACAACUGAAUUAGAAAAAUCUAGAAUGAAUUCAAGAAUAGGUUAUGAAGAUUUAUAAUUAUUAUAUAUUAGUUAUGUUGCUUAAUUUUGUAAAAAACCACUAUUGGCUUACACAGAAUUAAAACGCUAUUAAAGUUUAAAAUAAACUAAAUCUUAAUAUUUUAUUAGUAUUCGUUAUCAAAUGAGUAUUUAUUUAUAAGAUUUAAUCAAAGCUUAACAAUAAGAAAACAAUUAAAUGUCAUAAUUAGGUAAAUAAAUACAAUCUGAAAGAUAACUUAGUAUUCAUGAAGUAUUUGAAGCAUUGUAAUUUUAAGAUUAAUUUAUUCCUUCUAUUAUUGAAGUCUUAAGUGAUAAGAUAAUUUUUUGGAAUAAAUAAAUAAAAGGUUUCAAUUCUAUUUAUGAAGUUGAAAAACUUGCAAUUGCUUAAAGUUAAAAAAUUAAUAAAUUAACAUCUCAAAUAAAUAAAUAUUGUUCUUUUGAUAUUUAUAAUUUGGAUCAUCUAUAAAUCAAUAAUAAUGUUUAAAUUCUUAAACCAUUAUCAAUAUUCUACAGUUCAAUUAUGAAUGAUUAUUACAAUUCUUAAAUUUGUGAAACUGCUAUCAUAGAUGUUUAUAAUAUUGAACAUACUCUUUAAGAUGAUGUAAUUACUAAUUUAUCAUUUAUUCAAGAAAAGGCUCUUCUUAUAAUGAUUAGUCUUGUUAAAAAUAGAGGUAAAAUUAUUAAUAAAGAUAAAAAAUAAAUCUCAUCAUUCUUUGGAUACUAUGAUAAAGAGAUUUUUGAAAUUGAUAAUAUUUCAGAUUUAAUGCCUUUAUUUUUUGCUGAUUAGCAUGAUAAAUUAUUAUUAAAUUAUUUACAAACUGCUAAAUCUUAAUUUUUUUUAAAUUAUAACUAAGUUUUUGGAUUAAAAAAAGAAGGAAUCUUAAUUUCUUAAUAAUUAAAACUGGAUAAUAAUUUUAGUGAAUUGGAUGAUUAUGUUUUAAUCGGUUGUCUUUCAGAAUACAAAAAAACUGUUGAUUAUAUUCUUUUUAAUGAAGAAGGUUUUAUAAUUGGAAUUACUGAAAACUUUUUUCUUACAAUUAUUAAUUCUGAGGAUUAAAAUUUUUAAAUUCAAAAGGAAAAUAUUAAUUAAUUAAAUAUCUUUUUUAUUAUUUGUAAUAUUAUGGAAUUAUUGAAUGAACUUAAAAAUAAUUAUGGAAAAGAUAAAUUCUUAAAUUAAUAAGAUAAAUAUUUAAAAAUCUGGAAAUAUGCAAAUAAUAAAGAUUUAUUAGAAAAUUCAUAAAAAAUUCAAUAUUACUCUUCGAAAUUGAAUUCUUAUUAUAAUGAAAGUAGUCAUAUAAAAUCAAAAGUAUCGAAUACUUUUAUUGAAAGAGAAAAAGUAGAAAUAUAAAUAAAUUAAUAAUAAAGCAAAUUUGAAGGAGAAUAAAAAAAAGUUAAAAGAUUGUAGAAUUUAUAAUCUUUACCAAUUUAUAAUACAUCACUUGGUAAUUAAUUUAAAAAUAUUCUCCAAUCAUUAUAGGUAAUAAAUUGAUUAAAUUUAGAUAAAAAGUACUACUCAUUUUAUAGGAAAAAUGAAUAUAAAUUAUAAAAUAAUAGGUAAAAAAACAUAGAAGAAAUGCUAUUUUAUUUUAGAAAUAAAUGAUUUAAAAAAAGUAGAUGAUUUAUUCAAAACCAAUGAAUCAUUGAUAAAUAAUUAAUAUACAACUUCAAUUUAAACAACAAACAAAUGUAUGUUGUCUUAGAUUUUCAUUUUUAGUUUUCAAUACAGCUGAUUUAAACCUUAAUACUGUUGAGACAUUUAAGGUUGAUAAAGAAGAAGUAACUCCGAAUAUUUCUAAUUUAUCCAAACCCUUCUUUUAGAGACUUAUCAGUAAAUAUGAAUUAAAAUAAUAAUAAUAAUAUAAUGAUAUUUUAGGAAUGGAAUCUGUAAGAGAUAGUGUUAGUUAUGGACCUAUUUCAUAAAGAAUUAAUUUUAUAAGUCCAUCAUCUAAACAAUAAUAAAUGUAAGAACUUAUUGAAAAAGAUUUCACAGAUCUUUAAAAUUAAUUAGAUUAUAUGAACUAGGAUCCUAACCAAGAUAUUGAAAUACCUGAUUCUUCAAGAAUAAAAAGUAAUAGUAAAGACUAAAAUUAAAAAAGUCACAACAUUAUAGAAAUUUUUCAAAAUAAUAAAUUAAAUUUAUAAGUUGAAGAUAUUGAUAGAGAUGCAAAAAAAUCAAAAUCAAGUAUUACAUCUGGAACUUCUGGGGUUUCAGCUAUUUCAACAAUUAAAAAAUUUUAGUAGAAUAAAUAAAUGACAGAUAGUUUAAAAAAACUAGCCUUUAUAAAUAUUUUAAUAAUUAUUAUAAUUAUAGGAUAUAUAAUUGCUCAUUUGAUAAAACUUAAUUUUUAUACAAAUUAAACUUAAUUAACAUUAGCAAACAUUAAUGGACCAACUUUAUUUAAUCGAUAUUUUUUUAAGAUCUUUACUUACACUUGGAGUCUUGUGUUUAAUACACUUGAUAUCAUAGAAAGUAGUGAUUUUUUAAUUAAAUCAACAAUUUCAGAAAUGAAUGAUUUAGCUUAAGUUGUUUUUAUUAAUUUAACAAAAAUGUAUGAUAUUUUUAUAGGUAUUGAAGAUUCAGGAAUGUUAAGCUUUAUUAGUUUAGACUUUCUUUAUUAGAAAAAUGAAAAUGUAACUUAUACUUAUUUUAUCAAUUUGAUUUCAGCUGUAUCAAAUACUUUAUUUGAAGCUCUUAAAUAUGAUGUUAAGACACUCAUUCAAAUUAUUGAUAGAAAUUAUUUAGAUAAUCUAUUAAUGUUAAGAUACAACCUUAAAAAUGUAGUUGUAAUGAAUUAAUAAUUAAUUGAUUCAUUAAAUGAAGUUUAUUUCAAAUAAUAACAUGAUAAUCUUUAAGAAUUUUAAAUACAAAUAAUUUUAGAAAUUAUAUUUUUGUUCUUAAUACUAAUUUCUUAAUUAAUUUAUUGGAAAUAAAUUGAAUAAUAUUGUUAAUAAAUCUUAAUUUUAACUGGAAAACUACAAUAUAAUCAAGCUCAAGAGAUGAUUUUAAGAUUUACUUUUGUUAUUGAAACUCUAAAAUAAUUUUCAGGAAAAUAAUGUUGGAAAAAAUAAAAUUUCUAUAAAUUAUUAUUUUUACCAUUAAAUGAAAUUGGAAUAGACACUAUUCAAAGUUAAUCAAGAGUCUUGAAAGAAUGUCAAAAUUCUUAAAUAAGCUAAUAACUCAAAAUAAAUUAAGUUUUUGAAGAGCGACAAAGAAAUCUCAAAAAAAAUUUUAAUGUUGCAUUGAAUUCUAAAAUUAAUAAUCCUAACACAACAAUUUUAAAAGCUACUAUUUUAACUAUAAUAACUUUUAUUAUUUUUUUAGUUUACCUUUUAGGUGGAUUUUUAUUAUUCAAACAAUAAUAGACUGAUUUAUUACCAACUUAAUAAUUAACUUUAAAUUUUAUCAGAUUUACAUCUUAAUUAGAUAUUGUAGUUAGUACUGCUUUAAUUACUAAAUCGUAACCACUAUUAUAUGAUAAAUUAAUAGAAAUGAAAAUAUAUUCUUCCUCUGAAAUAGAAAAAUUUAGAGAUUAGAGAAAAAUUAUCAAAAUUUUUAUUUCUUUAUAUUCAAUCUAUUAUGAGAAUAUUACUUUAAUCUAUGAGAAUAUUAUCAAAUCAAAUAAGAUAACUUAUGAAGACUCCAAAAUAUUGCUUUCCUUAUAUUAAGAAGACUUUUGUUUAAAAAUUGGUUCUGAUGUUCCCUUUUGUAAUUUUGAUAAAAUUAAUAAUUUUCAUUAAUUAUAUGGAACUCCAGAAAUUUAAGAUGACAAUAGAGAAUAUCUAAGUAAAGGUAUACAAGGAAUAGUAAGCAAAUUGGAUACAUUUUUCAAAUAGAAUUACUAAUAUGAAAUUAAUAAUACUGAAUACUUUCCAGAUAAAAAAAUAACAAAACAAAUCUUAGUAUCAAGAGAAUUUACGAAUUCAAUAAUGGAACAUUUUUUAGAUACAACUGAUGGUACAAACUUGUUCCUUGAUAAGUUAAUGUAAGCUAUAAAUAAAAUAACUAAUGAUAAUCUUUAUUAAUCAUAUUACUAUUAUUUGAUAACAGGAUUUUUAUUGUUACUUAUUUUUCUUACUUUUUAUGGAUAUUGGAUAUAUAGUUCGAACCAAAGAUUGAUUUUACUAAGAUUAAUUCUAACAAAUUUGCCUAUUGAAGUCUUAACUGAAUAACAUACAUUGGCCUUACUAAGAAAACUAGAAUGA